AUGACUACCAAACAAGUCAAGCUGGAGGUUAAAGAGAAGAAUCAAAAUAUAAAUGUUGCUGUCCGAUGUCGGCCAAUAAACAGCAUAGAGAAAAAGCAGGGUAGCUGCUCUAUCCUAAAGUGUGACAAAGCCAAACGAGAAGUGACAGUGAAGGAGCGGGCAGGCAUCCACCCCUAUACCAAGACUUACAACUUUGAUCAUGUCUUCCCGCCCGACUGCCUACAGAUUGAUGUCUACAAGGCAGUUGUCAUGCCCGUGGUGGAGGAGGUGCUCAUGGGCUACAAUUGUACUAUUUUUGCGUAUGGUCAGACAGGCACAGGCAAGACAUUCACCAUGGAAGGUGAUAGAAGUCCUGGAGCUAACAUGACCUGGGAGGAUGACCCCUUGUCUGGGAUUAUCCCACGGACCCUGCACCAAAUCUUUGAGGAUCUUCAGAAACAGCAAGAUAUUGAAUUCUCAGUGCGUGUGUCCUUUCUGGAACUCUACAAUGAGGAGCUGUUUGAUCUGCUAGGCUCAAGCAUAGACCCGCUGAGACUGCGAAUCUAUGAGGACAAUGUGAAGAAAGGCUCUGUGAUAAUAUCAGGACUGGAAGAAGUGGUGGUACGCAACAAAGAUGAGGUUUUUGAAAUCUUGCAGCGUGGAACAGCUAAACGGCAGACAGCUGCCACACUGAUGAAUGCUGUAUCCAGUCGUUCUCAUUCAGUGUUCUCAGUGACAAUCCACAUUAAGGAGAACACUGUGGAGGGGGAGGAGCUUCUCAAGACGGGCAAGCUUUAUUUGGUUGAUCUUGCAGGAUCAGAAAAUAUUGGGCGUUCUGGAGCUGUGGACAAGCGAGCUCGAGAGGCAGGCAACAUCAACCAGUCACUGCUUACCUUAGGACGUGUCAUUACAGCACUAGUAGAACAUGCUCCACACAUCCCCUACAGGGAAAGCAAGUUGACAAGGCUGCUGCAAGAUUCUCUGGGUGGGCGUACAAAAACUUCAAUCAUUGCCACAAUAUCGCCAGCCUUGUGUAACCUGGAGGAAACACUCAGCACCCUCGACUACGCAUUUAGAGCCAAGAACAUCACCAACCGGCCAGAGGUCAACCAGAAACUGACCAAAAAGGCCCUGCUAAGGGAAUACAAUGAAGAAAUUGAACGCCUGCGCCGGGACCUCCAAGCAAGCAGAGAAAAGAAUGGGAUAUUUCUUGCAGAGGAAAAUUACAUUGCCAUGCAGAACAAGCUGAGCCAGCAGGAUGACAAUAUUCAGGAGAUGGAAGACAGAAUUGUUCUCUUGACUGAAGAGAUUAAACAUGUGACUGAACUGUUCACCACCACCAACCAGCAGUUGACAGAGACCAGUGAGAAACUGACCUCUACUGUGCAGACCCUGAAAGUGACCAGUGAACAUCUUGGCCACAUCAACCAGGAGCUCAAGCUGACUCAGCAAGAAUGCAAUGAGCAGCAGUUUUUGGUUAACCAGCAUCUGAAGAAUGAAACCAUUCUCUUUUCUCAGGCACAAGAGUUACUGACUACAGCCGAGACAAGCGUUGCUCAUGUGGGAGGCUUGCAUGCCAAAAUUGACCGCAAGUGCAAUGUUGAGCAACACAAUACAAAUGUGGCAGCAAAUUUCCAGAAUAAAAUGGACACACACAUCAACAGUUCAUGUGACUUGCUGCAGGACUUGAGCACCAAGAUGGCUGACAUGAAGCAGACAGUUUCUAUUCACAUUGAAUAUCUCAGCAUGCAGGAGAGGCAGGCCCUGGAGUUGGCUCAACACAAACAGUUGUUUCUGCAAGAGGGCACUCAAAGGCAUCAAGCAGCUAGUGACAGCAUACUCCUGGCGGAGGAAGCAGCUGUGGCAUAUUUUACCAGAGUCUGCCAUGAAAUCACCCAGCUGUUGUCCAAAGCCAAGGAUGAUUUCACUAUUAACAGUGCUCAUCUUCAAGAUUUCAUCUCUGCACUUCAUAAACAACAAGAGCAAGCCCAGACAGCACUGACAGAUUACAAGGAUCAUGUGAUAGCAGAGUUGGCUGGAGCGUUUGCCCUGAGCAGGAAAUGGAAUGAAGAACUGACGCUAGAGAACAGCCAGAUGAAAAAGCAAUUGAUGGCAGCAAGACAGCAGCAGGAAGUCGUUUGA